CCCGCAACUCAGAGGCACUUGAAGUUCGUAGCCAUGGUAUGUUCNAGGGGGGUAGGAACCGUCAAUUUUACGAACGGAGCACCGGAGCACCCCCGGGUCAUCCCAUGACAUUGAAACCCAAUGUCAUGGGAACCUUGGUGUUUUUAAUCAGGGGACAUCAACACGAAAGUAGAAUACAUAAUAUUUAAAGAGAUAAGAACCAUCAAUUGUGCAAACAGAGUGUCGGAAGUGUCCCCAGAUAGGCAAGUGUCACUGGAAUCCAGUGUCAACUUAAGCCCACCCAUAAAACAAUACUAAUAAGUUAGGGUUUUCCCGCAACUCAGAGGCACUUGAAGUUCGUAGCCAUGCCACAUGUGGUUCAUCCUAGGAUUAGUUAUAUUGAAGACCUAAUCAAGGAUGAUGACGUAGAUAGCCUUGUGGCACUGGUUGAGUUACAAUUGUCAGAGGAGAAGAGCCUUAGAAUAGACUGUGAGCUUGACCUGGCCCACGUUAUCAGGUGUGUUAUUUCCCAUGAAGCGGUGAGAUGUGCCACCGCGUUGUUCCACGGGAAGACUGAACUAGUAAAGGAUAUUAAUGUAACAACCAAGAGUGGAUAUUACCCGUUACAUUAUGCGGCUCAAAGUUUAUCACCUAGGAUGAUAAAACUCUUUUUGGAGUUUGGAGCAAGACCUGAUGUGAUGUGUAUUGAUUAUGGGGGUAAGGAUGUUGGACUCACCCCGCUAGUAGUGGCUCUCAGAACGGCAGUCUGCAACAACAAAGCUGUCCUUGAUUGGUCUCCUUCCGAGUCUAUCUUUAAGUUGAUCUUUUUACUCUGUCUCCCGGAACUGCAAGAGCCACUAGAGGCGAUAAAAUUGCUUGCUUUCAAAACUGAAGAGCUUCACAUGACGAGUAUGUCCUUGGCACGCUGUGGAAAACUUCUCGAACUAGCUGUUCUGCUUAUGGUGGCUUGGGAAAAAUUGUUAAAUAAAGCUAAUGUUGAUGACAUCCCCCCCUUAGAACAAUGCAUUAGGAAAGAGUUACAAUGGACAGUUGUUGAGAAGACUAAAUUGUUUUGUCGCAUGGGUUGUAAUGAGGUGCUCAACGCACAUAAGCGUAGAGAGAAGUUGUUGCUCUCUGCAGGUCUGAUGCUUCACCUUUUUAAUCGAGUCGGCGGUGUUCUUGACAAGUUUCGUCUUUCAGAAAGAACACAGCCAAUUCUUCGACAUGUUCUCGCAGUAGAAUUUGCUGAUUGUAUGAAAGCAGCUGGGUUCAAGUUGGAGAUUAAGGGCACUCGUGAAGAUAUCAGGUUUUUGAUCAAACAACCAAAGAUGCCAGCCCGUCUCACAACUGAAGAAAAGAUUAAGAGGCUAAGGCAAGCGCCGUCACUUUAUAAAUAUCCGGUGUUUCCACACGAGCCUCGUCCGCCUCCCUUUUCUGGCACUUUGUUGAAGCCUUUCCACACUUGUUCAUUGCCUUGUGCCAAUCAAUUUGCACCACUGACAUUUCAUCCAUUAAGAUCCCUGCGCGAUGUGCCAGUAGGUUUGAAGUUCUUAAACACUAAGGGAUGGAAUUUGUUUGCCUCAUCCCUUAAAAGAGGCAUCCGCUUUGCCCUCAAAUAACUAUUUAUUUGACGGCAUUAGUCUGUUUGGUGUUCGGGUGUUCAUUCUUUGCUACUACUAUCUUCUAACCUUGGUCGCACUUUUGUGUCUAUUGGUUAAUUUCUACUUACAUUCUCUCGCCCUAGACAUAUUCUUUUGUAAGAUUGUGUUGGGGUUGUUGUAAUAGUAGUUGUAUGUUUGGAAGAAAUAUAUUAUGUCAAAUUAUGUAUUUGGUUAUCAGUGGGCAAGGGGUGGGGGU